AUACGGGAUAUUGUUGUUUGGUUUUAAAAUGAAAAUAUACUCUUGCCAUUUUUUCUUUGAAAUUUUGUGUUCGAAUCUUUGACUCAGAAUAUUUAAAAUUUUGUGAAACAAACUUACAAUGUGGAUGCUAAUUCUCACAACUAAUUAUUUAUCUUUCUCCGACGCAAGAACGAGAGAGACCAGUGAGACCAACCUCUUCGAAGCAACCUUCAAUGGCUCAUGCCCUGAAAAUUACCAGUUAUUUUCCCUCAGGUUCGAUUGUCGCUUGUUCAGGACAAUGUCUGCGUAUGAGCUCCCUCAGAGAAGUACAGGCAACUCAUGGGCGCCUUCUGAAGUCAGGAUUCAGGGAGCUUACCGUCCCGUGGAACAACCUGCUGAAGGGAUACUCUGAUUUUGAUCGCCCGCAAGAAGCACGCCAGCUGUUUGACGAAAUGCCCCAGAAAGACGCAUACACUUGGAACAUAAUCAUCAUGUCUCUGGCUCGGUUUGGAUGGAUUGAGGACGCCCGCCAAUUGUUGGACGAGAAUCCCACGAGAUGCACCAUCUCAUGGAACUGCAUGAUGUCUGCUUGCAAUUCCAAGGGACGCCAUCUCGACGUUCUUAAGUUGUUCAUUUCUAUGCAUCAAGAACGCUACUCGAGGAGCGGAUUCAGCUUCGCGACGGUUCUUAACGCCUGUGCUAAGUUACCAGUCCGAGAGUUCAGUAAGCAAGUUCACGCAGAUAUCAUCCGAACUGGGUUGGCCUGGAACCACAUCGUUGGUAGUGCACUUAUCAGAGUUUACUCUGCACAUGACAUGCUCGGAGAUGCAUGCCAAACGUUUCAGGAGAUCAAGUACAGAGAUAGUGUUUUGUGGACGUCCAUCAUAUCUGCUCAUGCCCAGAAUGAAGAUGGUAUCGCUGCACUCCAUCUGUUCCAAAUGAUGGAGAAAGAAGGCCACAAUCCGAGCCAGCUUACGUUUGCCAGCAUCAUCGAUUCAUGUGCUUCGUUAGCUGCACUGAAGCAGGGAAUCCAAACUCAUGCACGGGUACUGAAAUCAGGCCAUGAACAGAAUUUGAUAAUCGCCACCGCCCUCAUCAAUAUGUAUUCCAGAUGUGGUUUUUGGAAUGAAGCUUCUCAGAUAUUUGAUUCAGUUCAUGAACCAGACGUAAUCAUGUGGAAUGCAGUAAUUUGGGGGGCUACCCUCAACGGCCAGACUGAAACAGCAAUUUAUCAAUUCAAACGGAUGAGAAAAACUAAUCUGAUUCCGAACCACAGUACAUUCUCGGCCGUCCUCUUAGCAUGCACCUACAGAGGCUUGCUGGAUGAUGGUAUGCAUUUCUAUAAGGUCAUGAGUAAGGACUAUGGUCUGCAACCACAACCAGAUCAUUGUGCUAGUAUAAUCUGUCUUUUUGGACGGCACGGACAGCUUGACGAGGCGGUAAGCCUGAUGCAAAGAAGCCCGUUUGAACCGAACUCGGCAAUGUGGGGUGCACUUUUGGGUGCUUGCGUUAUCCAUCGCAAUCUAGAAUGGGGAAAAAAAGCAGCCGAAUCUCUAUUCCUAAUGGAGCCACUGAUUUCUACUCCUUACGUCCAGCUGGCUAACAUCUAUGCUUCAGCUGGUAUGUGGGCAGAGGCAGCUCAAAUCAGGAAAGACAUGAAAAGCAAGGGAAUAAAGAAACUCCAGGGUUGCAGCUGGAUUUGUACAAGAAAUGAGGCCGGCAUGAGGGGUUAACACCAGGCAUGUGUAUUUGGUCUUCUACACGCAUUUCUUAGGCAUGCUGUUGUUUCUCGGCUUAGUGAUGGCAAACUCGAUGCAGGAUUUCUGAGAUUGGAGAUAGUCUUUGGAAUUUUUCCAGGUAAGGUGCUCCUGUAUGAUAUCAUGACUCGGAACCAGCACCACACACUUUGCCCCCAGCUGGCAACGCAUUGUCAUGGACAACAGAUAUCAACCACGGUUGUCAAACUUACACAACAGCUUGCAGAGCAGGAUUUGAUUGGAUCUUGUGAAGGCAAAAAUGAUCUGCGUUUCCAAGCCCUGCAAGUGCCCAGAAAUCACUCUUUGUUCACUGAUGGUUUCAUGUUUUGCCUCGUCUUGAGCAGCCCUUGCCACCUAUUCGGCUUUCACUUCCACCGCUUAGCUUUCUUCCUUGCUCAUCUACCUUGCUGUUAUCACAACCUUUGGUGUGUUCACUGUCUUAACGUGUCACUCCUGUUACCACUGUGCUCUUCAUCGGAGUUCCGAUCAAUCCGAGCCUUGCUGUUUAUCACAAUGGACUUCUCAGACUUGAUCACUGUAGUCAGUGUAUUUGUUUGUGAAUUGGUAGCUGCCAAGGUGGUUAACUAUGCCACAUGUGAGUUGUCUAUAGCAUUUCUUUAUUCAGCUUGGAUUUUCUACUUAAUUCAAGUCCCAGAGAAGUGGAUGCCUGGAAAAUUCGACCUCACUGGGCAAUGGCCAUCGGAUACUCCAUGUGAGAACCAUAUUUCAGUUGAAAAUCUGGUUAUCAACUGUUACAGAAGCAGCCGUAAAACUCCUAGGACGAACCUCCCCAUAGUCCAAGAGCUUCUCCUGGUCCGGCUUGCACAAGAGGAAUGCACUGGCAUAGGCAACCUUUUUAACUUCUCCUCUCAAGCUCAGCUAGAAUCCUGGAAGAAAUGUUGA